UACUAUGCAGCUUGGACUGCUUGUGGUGGUGGUUUUUCUAAGCUCGAUGGAUCUAACAGGCAGCAGCAAAGUGGUGAAGGGCAAGAGGCAAAGACGAAUCAGCACCGAGCUGAGUCAGGGCUGUGCCAGAGGCUGCGACCUGUGCUCUGAGUUCAAUGGGUGCCUGAGGUGUUCCCCCAAACUCUUCAUCCUUCUGGAGAGGAAUGAUAUCCGACAAAUUGGGAUCUGCCUGCCUUCUUGUCCACUGGGAUACUUUGGCCUUCGCAAUACAGACAUGAACAAGUGCAUCAAAUGCAAAAUUGAGAACUGUGAGUCCUGUUUCAGUCGAAACUUUUGCACAAAAUGUAAGGAAGGUUUGUAUUUGCACAAAGGGAGAUGUUAUGUCACAUGCCCCGAAGGCUACGCUGCUGCCAACGGCACCAUGGAGUGCAGCAGUCCUGCACAAUGUGAAAUGAGCGAGUGGGGGCCCUGGGGGCCCUGCUCCAAGAAGAGGAAGCUCUGUGGCUUCAAGAAGGGCAAUGAAGACCGAACCCGGCGGAUUCUGCAGGCUCCCUCUGGAGACGUGUCCCUGUGCCCCCCCACCACAGAGGUGCGCAGAUGCACUGUGCAGAAGAGCCAGUGCCCUGAAGGGAAAAGGAAGAAAAAGGAAGAGCAAGGAAAGCAAGAUAAUGGAAACAGAAAUCGGAAAGACACCAAAGACACUAAGUCUGGCACGAAGAAGAGGAAGAGCAAACAGAGAGGGGCCGCGGUGCCCGUGACGCCUGCCAGCCCUGCCCAGUAGCUGGCCCUGCACGUCACCGAUGGCAAGACUCCAUUGCUGCUAUGUAUAUGAAAGCUUUAUUGAACAGAGCACUGCUACACCACACCUGCACGUGUCCAGACAGACAUAUACUCCAGACUGAUCCAGAGACCAACGAGGCCACGCACACAAUACUUCAGGAGGCUGCACACACCCCGGGCCCGGGAA